GCGGGACCAUGGCCUACUAGAGAUAUCUCUUGUAGGCUGUGGCCGGACUCGAACCCGGAAAAAAAUGAAACAAAGAGAGUAAAUGACUGCACGCAAACCGUUACACCACAGACUCGACGACAGUAAAGUGAACAAAAGAGCGUAUAUAACGGUCCUAAUGUGGGAAAAUGUUCUUAGUAGUGUUUUAUGAAUUUAGAAAGUAAAAAGUGAAGUUUUCCAAAUCAUGAGUUCAAAAUCAGAGCUGUGGGAUUUAUUUGAUAAACAUUUUCAAGAAAUUGUUCGAGAGUUGUCCAUCUCACCAGUUAAUGGAGGAAAUGAAAUAUGCUGGAGUUUUGAAAGGAUAAAAGACUUACUUGAGUAUAAUGCACCUCAUGGUAAAAGAACUCGUGGCUUAACAGUGGUGGCUGCAUUUAAAACAAUAGCAGGAGAUGGAAUAUCUGAAGAUGAAAUGAAACUUGCUUUAACUAUGGGUUGGGCUGUUGAAAUAUUACAAGCUUCUUUCUUAGUUGCAGAUGAUUUAAUGGAUCAGUCAAAAACACGGAGGGGUCAAGCGUGUUGGUACCUUAAUCCAAAUGUUGGAUAUCAAGCAGUUAAUGAUGGUAUGAUUUUGGAGACUUGUGUCUUUACACUGAUAAGACAGCAUUGUAAAGGAAAGGCAUUUUAUGCUGAUAUAUUUGACCUUUUUCAUAAAGUUAUUUUAAACACAUUGAUGGGGCAAAGUUUGGAUAUGGAAGCAUCAGAACAGCCUACGGUUGAUUUCACUUUAUUCACUGAGACAAAACAUGCGGCAAUAAUUAAGUAUAAAACCGCAUUCUACUCAUUCUAUUUACCAGUAGCUAUUGCCUUUUACAUGGCAGGAAUUAAUGAUGAACAAUGCCACACUGCCGCAUGUGAUAUUUUAACAAAAAUAGGGUGUUUAUUUCAAAUUCAGGAUGAUUAUUUGGAUUGCUACGGAGAUCCAGAAGUUACUGGCAAAAUUGGGACUGACAUAGAAGAUAAUAAGUGUUCGUGGCUUAUAAUAAAAGCCAUCCAGCUUGCAACACCUGAACAGAUCCGAAUUCUUCAAGAAAAUUAUGCGAAAAAAGAUCCAGAAAAAGUCGCCAUUGUGAAACGAGUUUUUGACGACAUCAACAUAAAACCUAUCUUUCUAAAACAUGAAGAAGAAACAUAUGCCAGCAUUUGUGAUGAAAUAAACAAGUUUUCUGAUCCUAGGGUUCCACAUUCUAUCUUUCUUGAUUUACUAAACAAAAUUUACAGACGUAAAAAGUAAAAACUGAUUUAAUUUAUUGCAACAGAACUACUGAGCUAAUCGUAAUACCAAGUUCUGACACGUAAUCUUAUGAUAAAUAUGCAAUACCUACCUAAAUCAGUAAUUUAUUUUACGCAGUUCUUUUUAUAAUCUAACUAAAGUAAUGAAUUAAAGUCAUUGUGUAUCCAUAAAAAUAACUGUGCAAUAUCUUACUGAUUCUCAAAAUAGAUUGAUUGCAGCUGUAA